CAGAAGCGCCUCGCUAUGUCACAAUACUGGCAUGAAACAGGCUUCACCGGCACAAUCGCGCGCGCAACACUCCGUACUCUUCAAUUCGUCACCUCCAUCAUCCUGCUCGGCAUAUACGGUAACGAUCUGUCGCAUUUCCCUCCAUCUCGGGUUUCCAAUACCGACUGGAUAUUUGCUAUGGUUGUAGCCCUCCUCUCAGCUGCCACCUGUAUAUUGCACUGUUUCCUUACCAUCAAGAGACUUGGUUGGAUCCUCUGGGAUUUUGUCUUGUGUGUGCUAUAUGCAGCACUUACGGGUGUAUUUGGAAGAACUUACCUGGGUAAAGUGGAGUUUCAGGAUGGAGAGGUGACGCAAAGUGUGGCUGCAAUGAGAGCAGGAGUGGCGUUUGCGAUAAUUGGGAUGGCGUUGUGGUUGAUUACGUGGAUCCAAGGAAUCAGUUGGUGCUGCAUCGUAAGAAGGAUAACCAGGAGAACUGAUAAACCAGAUGGACCGGAG